UGCGCAGUGCGGAGCGGUGGAUGAUGGCAGAUCAGGUCGGGCAACAGGAGGAGGAGGAGCAGGUGUCGGUGGCGAGUAACUCGGGACCCCAGGCUGAGCCCGGGUUUCAGUCCGGUCUAGACAUCGGCAGCCCUGCCGGCAACCGAAGCACGAUAAUGGAAGACAAAAGCUGCUUAUUGAAGAAACUGGAGAUCAGUGUGUCAGAAGCGGAAAAACGAACUGGAAAAAAUGCAAUGAACAUGCAGGAGGUUUAUACAGUAUACCUCAUUGAAACAAGGCCUGUUGAUUCUCAAAAUGAAGAUGAGAAUUGUGUACCAGACUCUCUCUGGAGGAGAUACAGUGAAUUUGAAUUGCUAAGGAGUUAUUUAGUUGUUGCUUACCCCUGUAUAGUGGUGCCCCCUCUGCCUGAAAAAAGAGCUGAAUUUGUCUGGCAUAAACUAUCUGCCGAUAACAUGGAUCCUGAUUUUGUUGAACGACGAAGGAUUGGACUUGAAAAUUUUCUUUUGCGUGUUGCUUCUCAUUCUGUUCUCUCUCUCAACACAAUCUUCUAUUUAUUUUUAACACAGGAGAAUGGUUGGAAAGAAGCUGUAAAUGAAUCAGGAUUCCAAGCCAAGGCAGAUUCCAGGUUAAAAGCCCUAAAUGCAACAUUCAGAGUCAAAAACCCAGACAAGAAAUUUACGGAGCUGAAACAUUAUGGGGAUGAACUGCAGUCUGUCAUAUCACAGCUUCUGCGGGUCAGAGCAAGAGUGGCAGACCGCCUAUAUGGUGUAUACAAAGUUCAUGGAAAUUAUGGAAGGGUUUUCAGUGAAUGGAGUGCAAUAGAAAAGGAGAUGGGAGAUGGACUUCAGAGUGCUGGUCACCACAUGGACGUAUAUGCAGCAUCUAUUGAUGACAUUCUAGAAGAAGAGGAACACUAUGCUGAUCAAUUAAAAGAAUAUCUCUUCUUUGCAGAAGCUCUUAGGUCUGUUUGUAGAAAACAUGAACUUCAACAGUACGAGUUAGAGAUGGCUGCUUUGGAUUUAACAUCAAAAAAGCAACAAAAAGAAGAGCUGGCUACUGGGACUGUGCGAACAUUCUCACUAAAAGGCAUGACCAGCAAGCUUUUUGGACAAGAGACACCAGAACAAAGAGAAGCCAAGCUGAAUACGUUAGAGGAGCAAAUUGCGGAUGGAGAGGAGCUUGUGAAAGCCAAAAAUCUUGAGUGCGAAGAUUUUAUGAAAAAUGCUUGGGCUGACAUUGAACGUUUUAAGGAACAGAAGAACAAGGAUUUGAAAGAGGCCCUCAUCAGCUAUGCAGUGAUGCAGAUAAGUAUGUGUAAAAAGGGAAUUCAAGUUUGGACCAAUGCAAAGGAAUGCUUUAGCAAGAUGUAAUAGAUUGCAUUCAAUAAACUUGAACCCGAAUAGAAGCACAAAUUACAGAUUUUGGAAAUUUAACAUUGAGCACAUGGAAUCCUUUUUAAAGCAAUUAUGUCUUUCAAUCCACUUGUUGACUGGGCACAAAGGAACGUUUGUAAGAAAGUGUCUUGCUAAUAAAGUUCAAAAAUCAUGUUUCCAGAGAUGUGGGGUUAAGGGGAAAGCAGGCAGUGAAUUUCAUUCUGUUACUAAUCCAUAUGCUAUACUGGUUUCUUCCUGUGGAUUUGGAGGCCUUCAGAUCAUUUCCAGAUGUAGUCGCAUUGUGCCAAUUGUUUUUUUUUAAUUUUGCAAAGGCUUUCAACAAGGCGAGUUUCCAUCAAUCUUCAUAAAAUGUAUGACUGCUCAAAUGGGGCCAAAGGUCUUGAUAUUGUACAAUCCUGUCUUAACCUUACUUUGAAGAGAUGAAUGAAAUUUUGUCAUUCAGAAAAUUCCAGUUUUAUUUAAUCUUUUUGCAGCUGAAUUUUGUGUAAUUACAUAAAUGAAUAGAUGACCAUUCAGCAUGUUUUAAUAUUUGGCUGGAAUAUAGAGGAAAUGCCUUUCAGACGAUUAAUGACAAGACUUUAAUAUUUUGAAAAUUUCCAUUUAUUCUAAUUUAUGGCCAUCUGUUCUGAUGCCACUUUGUCAUUCCAGGAGUGUCACUUAUAUCAUGGGUGACUAAGGUCUUAAACUCUCAACAAACAGAUUAACUGAAAAAUCCAGUUUAAUUAUACCUGCAAACUUGAGAGAAAUGUAAAUUUUGUCCACCACCUUCCUCCUCAAUCCUAUUGGUAUUUGAAUACUAAAAUUCAGUUCUUGACACUAAUUUGUAACAAACACUGCAGCCAUUUUAUUGUUUAAAGAUUGCAAGUGAAACACUUCAGUAAUUUCAGCAGCAAUUUUGAGGGGAAAUUGCCUUUUUUCUAUUUAUAACUUACUUAUACCAAAAUUGCCAGUGGGUAAAGUUCACUUCCAUUAUAAGCAAGCUUUAUACAAGAUGUGCAAUUUUCUAAUUUUGUUCUGACUAAAAUGGUGGAUUACACAAGUUUGUUUCAUUACAGCUUAAUGUGAAGAUUCUUUGUUUAAAAAUAAAUUAGUAAUGAAUUAUUGAGUUGAGAGCAAAUGCAAAAGGGAGAAUUUGAACACUUGUAAACACCACUUUUUUUUUUAAACAACCAAAAAAAAUGACUUAGCUGAUGUAAUUAAUACACUUUUGUUGCCACUUGUAGUUUAUACACUUCCUCAAAUGUCAAAACUGAAUAGAAAACAUGAAAUGAAGGUGCCUUAAUCUUUCUGCCAAUCUUGUACAUGUUUAUAUUUGAGGACAAAUGAUUACUACUUGUUUAUUUGCUUUAUUUCUAUUUUGAUUUGCUAAAACUAUCAAAGUAGUUUGGAACUCUCAUUUGGAUAGGUCCUUUUUAGUUUAUAGAGGAAUAAUUCUGCUAACUUCACUCACCCACCCUCCCUCCCUCCCUCCCUCCUAUGUAGACAAUGUGCCAAUUAUGCUGAAUAAAAUUGCUUUUAAAAUGCA